UGGGGUACUGGAUCUCCACCUGCAAAUGUUUCCAUUCCCACUCCCCCUAUCCCAGUCAAUGUCAGCUUGCCGGCUCCAGAAGUGUCUCUGAGUGUUCCCAGUGGUCCACUGUACCAGGGAACCUCCCUAACACUCUCCUGCACUGCCACUCUACCUCCCUCGGUGGACACCAAUGUCAGUGUCACUAUUCAGUGGACACCCAACACCACAGACAACAGAGUCACCAUAAUCCCUGCCUCUAGUCUGCAGUCUCCAUUCAUCUCCACUCUCACUAUCAGUCCUCUGGCAAUGGCUGAUACUGGGAACUUCUACUGUGUGGCGUCUGCUGAUUCUCCCUCAGAAUACAUCACCUCCAGUGGCAAAGGAGAACCUGAUCAGGAGACAGUAACUGUGACUGCUCUUCCUGCUCCAAUUGUGUCCAUCAGUUUCACUGGAGACCCUACAGCAGGCAGCGAGAACUAUACCAUUUCCUGUUCAGCUGAAGUAGUGCCUGGUCUGGUGGUAGAGCCUGACUUGAACAUUGUGAUCCUCAACUCAACUCUCGCAUCAGUCAGCAACAACAAUGUAUUGCAGCAUACCUUCUCUCCUCUGAGAACGUCAGAUGGAGGCAGCUACACCUGUACUGCCAUUGUCAACAUCCCUGGUGCCGGGGUUACCGCUCUAACUGCCUCCACUGUGGAGAAUAUCACAGUGAAAAUCCCAACACCUGAUGUGACAUUCACUCGUAGACCAAAUGGCACACUUUAUUCCGGAACAUUCUUCACCCUCGUAUGUGUGGUGGACCUUGGACCUAGUGUAAACUCCCCUCUAUCUGUCUCCACUAACUGGACCAAGGAUGGCAGUGUGAUUGCUAGUGAUGGGGGUCGUAUCACUGCACACACUGAGACGUUGAGGACCUCUAUCAUUGGCAAAUAUGAGAGCAAUGUCACAUUCAACCCUCUGAGUAAAACUGACUCAGGGAACUACAGUUGCUCUGUUGAAGUGAAGGAUGCAGAAUUCAUAACUGGCACUACAGCUAGGGUGGUGUAGGAGAGAGUAUAGAAGUUAAAGACCUGAAGCCUCCAGUAGUGGGGGUUGGUGCUGAAGGGGUGCCCACUGCAGGAGGUGACUAUUCUCUGGUGUGUACACUGGAGACAGAGGAGGGAGUGGGGUCAGAGGACAUCUCCAUCAUCUGGACCACACCCAGUGGAGAGAUGAAGAUGGCCGAAGAUGUCAGCAAUAGCGGCACCAUCGGGAAACUCAACUUCAGUCCGCUGAACACCUCUGACAGAGGAGAUUACAUCUGUACUGGGAGAGUACUCGUAGACUCAGUGAUGGUUAACGUCAGUGCUAAUUCGGUCUGGAUAUUAAUGUCACUAUCCCAGCACCCAGGGUGUCAGUUGGGACUAAUGCUGGUGAUGAAGGACCGUACUACCGAGGAACACAGCUAGACAUCAUCUGCUCCAUCUCUGUCGAUGCUUCCGUCAACACUCUGUUUUAUGUGAAUAUCACCUGGACCAGGGAUUCCAAGAGUGUAAUGAGUGAUCCAAACAUCACCAUCUCUCGGGCCAAUACAUCUAGACUGGAGUUCACUAGUACAUUGGCUAUUAGUCCAUUGGACACCUCAGAUUCUGCCUUCUAUACAUGUACUGCUAGUGUAUUCCCCACUGAUGGUGAGGGAGUACUAGCCAGCAAUGGGGCUACUGCCUCAGUCAACGUCAGUGUAGAAGAGCCUCUUGCACCAAAUGUUACAAGAGCUAAGAUUGUGUCUAAAGCUGGCAAACCUUUCUCGACGGAAUGUAACUUCACAGCACCCCUCAAUCUGGUGACUCCGCCAUCUGUGGAGUGGCUGAAUUCAUCUGGGGACCUGGUCUCCAGUAACAAGACCCUCUCAUUUCCUCUGCUAAAGACGUCAGAUGGAGGGGCGUAUACCUGCAGAGUCAACUUCUCAAUACCUUCUCUGGGUAUAUCUGAGAGUGGCAAUGGAACUACUCGUCUCAUAGUUCAGAUUCCAGCUCCAACAAUCACUGCUUUGAAUGACUAUACCCCAUACAAUGGGACGAAGUUCAAUAUGACAUGUACUGUGGAGGUGGAAUGUGGCUGUGGAUACUCCCAUCACUAUUCACAGUGAAUGGGUGCUACCUCAGCACGUGGACAAUAGUGGCACCAUAUCCAACAUAUCGAAGACAGAAACAAAGAAGUUAAGACAGAAUCACACUCUAAUAUUCAGGCCACUUCGUGGAGAGGACAAUGGGACGUAUACUUGCAGAGGAAGAGUCCAGCCAACGCGUGGAGAUAAAUAUAUUAUGGAGGUUUCGGCUAAUGAGACAACUGAUGUCAUUGUUCAAGGUCUUCCAAAGCCCACUGUCAGGAUUACCCUCAGCUCCUCCGCUGGCUCAGGGACCCAGGAAUGUCUGGGUGUGGACUUCGGCGGCCAACAGGCUAACAAUAUCUCCUGCCUGGCUGGCGUCACCAAUAGUUUGCUGAACCCCCACACAGUGACACUGAUGGGUGAUGGUGGACGUAUAAACACCUCAAAGUCUGGCCAGAACAUUACAAAAGAUCUCCAGCUUUCCUCUGGACCCAGGACCUUCACCUGCAGUGUGUGUAUCAAUAUAGCUGAGGCCAGAAUAUCGAACUACUGUAGCAGUGAGGACGUGAACGUCAGUGGCAAUGUACCCGGAGAAAUCAGACCAAACUUCAUUGUCAACACUCCUGAUGCAGUCACCAUUAGCUGGGUCGACUCUGCUGAAAUAUUCUCAAUACUGCGCUACAUUGUGUUGGUAGAGAGGUAUAUAGAGGCUGGGCCUGGGAGGGAAAGAACAGAGAAGGUCGAAGGCUACCCUCAAGAGUUGCCGGGAACACUGCAACAUCACACUGUGAAGUCUCUGGAGAAAGAGACUCCGUAUGUCUACACUCUGGUGGCUGGCAACACCGAGGGCUGUGGACCGCAGUCUAGAUCCAUUUUCUUCACCGAGGAAGGAGUUCCCAAGGUGCCUCCCCACAAUGUGAAGGUGGAGCGGAUCAACGGGACAGCAAUGAUGGUGUCAUUUGGCAGACUGAGUUUGGUCGAGGCCAGGAGAGUCAGCAUCUACUACUUUGUCUCCUACUCCCCCUCUGGAGGGACGAGGAAGAGGCAGGGGGGAGGGAGAGAGGGUCCCGUGGAGGGGAAUACGACGGUUGUGACUGGCCUCAACCCCAGCACCGGGUAUGACGUGUCUGUCUUCACUGCCACUGAUGAACAGGGGAACAGGCAGCUGACUUCCUCAGAGGAAAUGACUGCUCCUCGUCUGCAAACUUCUGAACCAUCAGGUAGUGGUAAUGCAGGAGCCAUCAUUGGUGGAAUCGUGGUAGCUCUGUUGGUGGCCAUCAUUGUAGUGGCCGUCAUCCUAGUGGUCCUCUGGAUAAAGAGGUCAGCAGUCACUGAAAGUGGUGUUAUUCACACCUCAACCAACACGGCAUAUGGGAAGGUGGAACGAGAGCAGGGAUAUGAACUGGUGGACUUCUCUCACGGAGAACCUCCACCUCCUCCAGCUGAACUGGAGGAGAUGUAUGAGGUUCCCUCAUUCUCUGCCUCGGCCCCCAGCCAGCCCCUCCCUCCCCCUCUUCCAGCUGAACUGGAGGGGAUGUAUGAGGUUCCCUCAUUCUCUGCCUCGGCCUCCAGCC